UACAGUAAUUGGCUGCAGAUUUGCACUAAGCAGGUCUGGAUUCCCAGUCCUCAUAAUGUGGCCAGUAUAUGCACAUGACUCAUCUGUCCAAUAUCAAGCUAGUCUCGCUAACUAAUGCUAACACAGUUACUGAAACAGUAAGUUGGGAACUCACACGUUGUUUGCUACGAAUGUAAACGCGUAAGAAGACGUUACCUGCUUGUGGAAAUGGCCACCGUUCCGCUGUGGAGCUUAAAGCGCUACGGGCGCUUGGUCCAAGGCCCCAAGAAGAAGGCGAGACAGCGCUGGAAGAUAUUUGACAGAAAGGGCAAUAAACCUGAAAUUGUCCUCACAAUUGUGGAAUCAGGACAUUUGCUUGUACUGCAGGGAGAGGACAGCUUGGAUACAGUUUCUUUGGUUUGUGGAUCAGAUUCGUUCCAUGUCCACCAAGAAUCAGAUGGCCUGUUUUUUCGUCUGAACGUGCAGGGAGAGAGUCGCAUGAUGAGGAUGCAGUUUGAUGGAAGUAACAAAGCAGAGGCUAUAAAGGAGUGUUCAAGGGCUGUUGAAAAACUGAAGGAGUACGUGUCUGUCACCAGUCAAGAUGACGCUCCAACAUCCUCUAAUCAGCCCCCCACAGAGGUCUCUGCACCAGUGAUACAGGGAAAGUCUGUGGAAAAUGAGCACGAGGUUGCCCAAGGAUCAUCGUCGAUGAAGGAUCUUGCACAGCAUUACUUGGGGGAGACUAUGACUCUGCCUCAAGUGUAUCGCCACUGUUCCUUUGAGUCAUGUGACUUGGAACCCUUCCUCCGUGUUUGUCUGCUGGAUUCCAGUUUUCAUGCGUUCGUCGAGAAGGUGGAGGGGGAGCUAAGGAAGCUGCUUCAAGAGUGAAAAAUCCUAACAACCGCUGAAGGCAGAAAGGUCAAGUCGGUGUAAUGUUUUCUUCUCAUACAGUUUGUGUAGGCAGUGCCUGGUGGAGGAGCAUUGUUUUGCUGUUUUGCUGCCCGUGUUUAAAAUGUUGUUGUUCUGCAUGGCCUGAAGACGAACGCUGCUAUGAAUGGUUCUGAAUUAAAAUGGCAAGAGGAAGAAUGUACCAAAAAAAAAUCUGCAUAAUUUUUGAAACUUUUUAUUCAGAAAAAAAAUAUUGGUCUCACUCAUAUGUUUGAUCGUGGCUAUGUACUCUGGUCCCUCUCUGCCCCCCUUAAUGCAGGUCCAUUUCCACUGCAACACACAUGGAUACAUUGUAUUGAAAGAGGAGUCAUGCAGCUACAGCAGUGAAUGUUGCUAUGCCAGCUUCCAAGUGAUCCCACAAUAUUAAAGCUUCACUGAGUAAAACAAACUGCCCUCCAUAUAUCUAUUUAAGAAUACAUAUUGCAUAGGAUUAUAGCCAUGCUAUACAGUUAAGAGAGAAAAAUAAAAAUCAAUUAAUCUGGGAAAUAUAAAAAAAAAUAUUUUUACAGAUUUCCUAGAAUUUGAACACUCAUACUUCAACAUAUACAAGA